AUGCUCCUACCCCGACAAUUCAAGAUUCCUCGCUCAACGUCCAUGAACGAGCAGCCACAGUGUAAUUUGAAAAAAAAACUCCUCUAUAAACAAAGGCGGAACAAACUAAAUUGGGUCAGAGCAGGACCGGAGACCUUUCAUAGUUUGGAGAUCUCUUCUUACUUUCUGGUUACGCAUUACGAUGGAUGA